AAAAAAGUUUAAAAAAAUUAAAAACCUUCAAAUUUACUUUAUACUCCAACCAUACAAUACAACUCGAAUAAAAAGGGAAGCAUGAAAUAAAAAAUUUAGAGUUUUAACACCGAAUGUCGGCUCAUGAAUUUCCACCGCAAAACGAGAGAAAUUGAAGGAUUUUUGACAAUCUCCGUCUCCCCUCAAUUUUCUCCUACCGUUUAAUUUCUUUCCUUUCUUUUCUUUUCUUUUUCAACCUUCAUCAUCUUCUUCUUAUUCUUCUUUCUUCAUUGAUUUUCAAUCCCCAUUUAUCUUUUUCUUCUUUUUAGAAUCUUAUUUUUUGUUUUCUCGGAUCCUGAAUACGUUUCCGAAGAUCCAUUUUUGGUUCAGCAUUUUCUCCAUUUUCUAGGGUUUCAAGAUCUUGUUUCAUUGUUCUUGGUAAUCAUUAUUGAGAGAAAAAAACCCCAAAAAAUUUGGUGGGUGAAGUUGCAAAUUGCAAAAGGAUUGUGGCAUUGAAACGGUAUCUUUUCUUGGAUUUGAGGUUGAGAUGAGAGGAUCGACAGAAGAUAGGAAAUGGGGGAUAUGUGUAAAUUAGAGAAGAAUAGUAAUUACUGUGAAGAGAAAGAUAGAAGUAGAAGAAGGUGGUGGGGGAUCGGUACUGGUUUUGAUAUGGGUGUUAAAAUUGUUGUAAGUGAUGAUAAAAAGGAGAAAUCUAAGAUAUGUUCAUCCACAAAUGUUGGGGUUGGAUCAUCAAGGUCUAGAAUGAAGAUGUGGAUUUUAAAAGCAGCAACAACAAUUUUGUUAUGGACAUGUGUUGUUAAUUUAACAACUUAUGGAGAUGGUUGGGGUCCUAGAGUUUUGAAGGGUUGGCCUUCUUGUUUCACUCAAGAAGCUUCAAUGGAUCUCAAAUUGUCUUCUUCUGUUUCUAUUCCUCAUCCUGUUGUUCCUCCUAAGAGGGUUUAUAAGAACAACGGUUAUCUGAUGGUUUCGUGCAAUGGAGGACUUAAUCAAAUGAGAUCAGCUAUAUGUGACAUGGUUGCGAUUGCAAGAUAUCUGAAUGUCACUCUUAUAGUUCCUGAACUCGAUAAAACAUCUUUUUGGAAUGAUCCUAGUGAGUUUGAAGAUAUAUUUGAUGUCGACCAUUUUAUUACAUCCUUGAGAGAUGAGGUUAGGAUUCUUAAGGAGCUUCCUCCUAGGCUCAAAGAAAGAGUGAAGCAAGGAAGAGUCCAUACUAUGGCUCCCGUUAGUUGGUCGGAUAUAUCUUAUUAUAAAAAUCAGAUACUUCCUUUGAUACAGAAGUACAAGAUUGUACAUUUAAACCGAACUGAUGCCCGGCUUGCCAAUAAUGGUCAACCUAGAGAAGUUCAAAAACUUAGAUGUAGGGUAAAUUUCAAUGCUUUGAGAUUUACCCCACAAAUCGAAGAACUUGGAACAAGGGUAGUCAAACUUCUGCGCCAAAAUGGUCCUUUCCUUGUUCUUCAUUUACGAUAUGAAAUGGAUAUGCUAGCCUUUUCUGGCUGUACCCAGGGUUGCAAUAGUGAGGAGGUGGUUAAUUUGACCCGAAUGAGAUAUGACUAUCCAUGGUGGAAAGACAAGGAUAUAAAUUCGGUUUCAAAAAGGAAAUUUGGACUUUGCCCAUUGACCCCAGAGGAAACAACUUUGGCACUUCGGGCUUUGGACAUUGAUCCUAGCUAUCAAAUAUAUAUUGCAGCCGGUGAAAUAUAUGGUGGUAAGAGGAGAAUGGCCAGUUUUGCUGAGGCUUACCCAAAGCUGGUGAGAAAAGAAACAUUAUUGAACCCUGAAGACUUGAGAUUUUUUCAAAAUCACUCAUCUCAGAUGGCCGCAUUGGAUUAUCUUGUUUCGUUAGAGAGUGAUAUCUUCAUUCCUACUUAUGAUGGAAACAUGGCUAAAGUUGUUGAGGGGCAUCGCAGGCACCUCGGGUACAAAAAGACUAUCUUGUUGGACAGAAGAUUGUUAGUUGAUUUAAUAGACAAGCUUACUGUUGGGUCACUAAGUUGGGAUGAGUUUUCAGCCGCUGUGAAGGAAACUCACGCACAUCGCAAUGGACAACCAACAAAGAGGUCAGUUAUACCCGACAGACCGAAAGAGGAAGACUAUUUCUACUCUAAUCCUCAGGAGUGUCUCCAAUCUAAUGACCUAUUGAGUAGCAUGUGAUCUAUAUGCCCCGAGAAGGAUCUGCAUACCCUCGUGUUAUUCUGUAACGGCUAUGUAGCAAUAAUCAAGUAACCGAAGAUCCCGAUGCACAUUUUACAGUGCUAGACUAACAGGAACGACUUUUCUUUAGGCUACCCUCUUACACGGAUCAUGGUGGUUGCGUACAUAAAUAUAUAAAUAUAUUUGAGCGGUUAAUUUUCGAGGGAAAAAAAGAUUCGAGGAAUAUGUGGGCGCAAGAACGGAUGAUGAUGAUGUUGUAGAUGCGAAUGACCGAAAAAGUCUUGUAUAGAACACAACCUGGCAUUUCAGGGGGUGAAGUUAGAUUGCUUCUGGUGUGUACAUGGGAGUGGCUACAUAGAUUUGUUUGAUUAAAUUAUGGGUGUUUGAGGUUGAUUUAACUCAUCCAUCCUUCAUAUUUUUGUAUUCCUUAUUUCUUUAGGGUUCUUGUCUACUCUCCUCUCAUGUUCUCAAAAUUUGUUACAUUUAUACAAUUCAUCAUCCUCUUUGUUUAUUA